ACGGAUCUUAUACGCCAAUCAAUCCUCAGCAGUUCAGUUCUGUCCAUUUCACCACUCGAACACACAACAGCAGUUUUGGGACUUAAUUUCAAUCUCUUCAUUCAGUGAUGGCGUUGAUAGCACUGUUCGUGUCGGCGACGAAGCUCGCCGGACUCGUAGUAACAGUCACCGUCGCCGCCAACGCCUUCUCCUUCUCUCGUUUCCGUAAGAAGAACCUCAAAUCCUUCCACUCUCCCAUCGACGAGUCUUCUGACGCUCUUGCUGUCUUCAACGUUAAUCCCUCCACCGAAGGGGACAAAGAGUUCUUUUUUGGGUUGGCAACAGCACCAGCGCACGUUGAAGACAGGCUCCAUGAUGCCUGGCUCCAGUUUGCAGAAAAUAAUCCUUGCGACAAAUCAGCGUCACAGCAAGGCCUGCAACCAGCGGAUCCACUACUGGGUUCUGCUACUGGUGAUGGUGGAUCUCAGCAAGCUCCAUUACCUGGCAGGGAAGUUAAUAGGACCAUAAGAAGAAAGAAGUCUCUUAAAAUAGCUAUGGAAGCAAAAAUUAGAGGAUUUGAGAAGUACAUAGAAGAGGAAGAACCUGUACCAAUUGAAGAAUGUCACCAUAACGUUGCUGCCUGGCACAAUGUUCCGCAUCCGGAGGAGAGGCUAAGGUUUUGGUCUGAUCCGGAUACGGAAUUGAAACUGGCUAAAGAUACUGGUGUCCGUGUCUUCCGAAUGGGAAUAGAUUGGACAAGAAUAAUGCCGGAGGAGCCUGUCAAUGGGCUUAAAGACUCUGUCAAUUUCGCAGCAUUGGAACGAUAUAAAUGGAUUAUCGGUAGGGUUCGCUCCUAUGGAAUGAAGGUCAUGCUAACUCUAUUCCAUCAUUCACUGCCACCAUGGGCUGGAGAAUAUGGAGGAUGGAAGCUGGAGAAAACCGUUGAUUAUUUCGUGAAAUUUACCAGGCUUGUUGUUGACUGUGUAUCAGAUAUGGUAGACUACUGGGUAACAUUUAAUGAGCCCCACGUCUUUUCUUUGCUCACUUAUUGUGCGGGUGCCUGGCCUGGUGGACAUCCUGAUAUGCUGGAGGCUGCCACUUCUGCUCUACCUACUGGUGUAUUCAAGCAAACCAUGCAUUGGAUGGCAAUUGCGCAUUCGAAGGCUUAUGAAUAUAUACAUGAAAAAAGCAUGAUAUCGGAUUCAAUUGUUGGAGUUGCACACCAUGUCUCUUUCAUGCGCCCAUAUGGCCUCUUUGAUGUUGCUGCUGUUACACUGGCUAAUUCAUUGACUCUCUUUCCAUAUCUGGAUGAUAUCUCUGGCAAGCUGGAUUUUAUAGGAAUAAAUUACUAUGGCCAGGAAGUGAUCUCUGGCACUGGACUGAAGCUAGUAGAAACUGAUGAGUACAGCGAAUCUGGGCGUGGGGUAUAUCCUGAUGGCUUGUAUCGCAUGCUGCUUCAGUUCCAUGACAGAUACAAGCAUCUAAAUGUACCCUUUAUCAUAACUGAGAAUGGUGUUUCUGAUGAGACAGAUUUAAUCCGACAACCUUACUUGUUGGAACAUUUACUUGCAAUCUAUGCUGCUAUGACAAUGGGUGUUCCUGUGCUUGGUUACCUGUUUUGGACUAUUUCUGAUAACUGGGAGUGGGCUGAUGGGUAUGGUCCUAAGUUUGGACUUGUAGCAGUUGAUCGUUCCAAUAAUCUUGCACGGAUUCCACGUCCUUCAUAUCAUUUGUUUUCCAAAGUGGCGACCUCAGGUAAGAUCACACGGGGAGACAGGAAACAUGCAUGGAAUGAACUUCAAAGAGCUGCUAAAGAGAAGAAAACAAGGCCAUUCUAUCGAGCAGUCAAUAAACAUGCUUUAAUGUAUGCUGGUGGAAUUGAUGAGCCCAUAUGGAGACCAUAUGUUGAACGGGAUUGGCGCUUUGGACAUUAUGAGAUGGAAGGUCUGCAAGACCCAUUCAGCCGCAUCUCACGAUAUAUCCUGCAGCCUCUCUCCUUCAAAAGAAAAGAAAAACCUCAAACUGAUUUUGAUGAAUUGGUCCUUCAGCCACUUGAAUCAAGCCUCUGAUUUCUUAUCCAUGCAGUUAGUAGUUAAUAGACAUCCCUGUAAAUUUCCACCAAGCAUGUUCAAAUAAAGAUAUAUAAGGGGCAGAUAGCUAAAUUGCUGCAGCAAGGAUGUGCUUAAGUUCUUGCAAGCGAAGUUCCCGAUUGAUCUUUUAAUUUUACCGAGAUAUGUAAGCAAUUUGAUGGGAAGAUGGGAGACGCCCACGCCCUCUUAGUCGACGAGAAAGGAGGUCCCACUCUCAAUCCCACACUUGUAAUCUCAAAUGCAAUUUGCGGCCUCAUAUCCAUAUUCGCCCCCCUACAUUACUUCACAGAUUGGUUUUCUUUUCUUCGAUUGAACAUAAUUGAUGUACAUAAACAUGACUGUUCAUUACAUAUUUGGAACUCAUACUCAUUUAAGUUUAUAGAAGGGGAGGUCAUUAGGCAUGUCAAACGUGUCGAGUUAAACGGGUGACGUGCGAAAAAUAUGUAAAUUUAUACAUGACCCGUUUAAUAAACGGGUGAAAAAUCUCAACACAAACACGA